AUGACUACGCUACUACAGAAUGAUCAGGGGGAUAUACCGUCUAAUACAAAUGAUGAUGAUCCAGCAAACAUGUUACAAGAGCUAAUAAAUCAAUUUAGUUCAAGUCAUGAAUUCUUAGCUAUUGAACAAAUUCAAUCAAUUAUUAAUAAUCAAAAUAUUUCAAAUUCAAAUGAAAUAGCUAAGACCAAUGAGACAAUAGUCAAUUUAAAAAGAGAAAUAGAAUUAAAACAAAACUCAUUACAAAUGUUAAAUAAAGUAAAUGAUAUAAAUUAUGAAUUAAUUCAAACAUAUACAUCAUCAAUUUCUAACUCACAACAACAACAACAACAACCUCAAAUAAAUAAUUCAGAAAAUAUAUUUCAAUUAAUUAAAUCAAAAUCAAUAGAAAUGGAAAAUUAUAAAAUAAAAUUAAUAAAAGAAUUACAAGAUUUAACAUCAUCAAUAAAUAAUUUAAAUUCAAAUGAAAUUAAAUUUAAAAAUGAAAUAAAUAAAAUAAAUAAUAAAAUUGAAAAUUCAAUAAAUGAAUUUGAAAAAAAUUUAAAUUUAAAUUCAAAUGAAUUAUUAGAACAAGAUUUAACUAUUUUAUUAAUUAAUUUAUAUAAAAAUUUAGGUAUAAAUUUAGAAAGUUCAAAAAAAUCUACUGUUGAUAGUCCGAUAGAAAAUGAAGAAUUUUUAGAUGAACCUGAAGAUAUAAUGAUAAUUAAGGGGAAAGAUGAUAAUGUUACUGCAUUACCUUUAGAAGCAAGAUAUACAGAAGAAUUUAUAUCGAAUUUUAUAUGGGAUAAAAUAGAUUAA